AUGCGGACCUCGGUGGUGACCGUUCUCUCAGCGUGGGCUGCCACAGCCGCAGCACUACACGUUGCGGAAAACCAAACCUACAUCACACUCGGCAAUGAUCGUCUUACAGCCGUUCUAAAGAAGAGCGCUGGUCAGAUCGUCGAUCUCUCUCUUGAUGGCCAAGACUUGCUGGGUCCCCAGUCUGGAUCCACAGGAAUAGGCCCUUAUCUGGAUUGUUACUGUAUUCCUUCGGGCUUUUACACUGCUGGGGCCACGACCCCGAGCAUGGAAGUAGUCCAGGGCAUAGACUCAACGGGCACCAAGUACGGGGGGAUGAUUCUGACCGACACUUACACACCCACGGGCCAGCAAUUCCAACAAUAUUGGUUCCUGCGUGACGGCGAAACUGGGCUGCAUAUGUUCAGUCGACUGACAUACAACAACAAAACUACCCCCUUCCUACGCAAUCUACAGGAGUUCCGAACCUUGUUCCGCCCCAAUUCUGAUCUCUGGACCCAUCUUACAUCCAGCGAUGUUCAAACUGCACCUCUGCCAAGCAAAGACGCCAUUGCAAAGCAAAUCGUUGUUCAAGAUGCGACAUGGACAUUCAACAACACACCGAGCGAUCCUUACGUCACUCAAUUUUCUGACUAUUUUACCAAAUACACGUUCUCAAAUCAAUGGAGGAACAACAGUGUUCAUGGUCUCUAUGCCGAUGGAAGCACGUCAGACGGUGCAACGUAUGGAGCCUGGCUGGUGAUGAAUACCAAAGAUACCUACUACGGCGGCCCACUUCACUCCGACCUAACAGUCGAUGGGAUAGUCUACAAUUAUAUCGUGUCAAACCAUCACGGCGAGGGCACACCUAACAUCACAGAUGGAUUUGAUCGAACAUUUGGACCUCAGUUUUAUCUGUUCAAUGGUGGCAGGGGGUCGGCAUCGCUUGAAGAGUUGCGAUCAGAGGCAGAACAACUGGCAAAUCCUCACUGGAAUGCUGCAUUUUAUGACUCCAUUGCUAAGCACGUCAUUGGGUAUGCUCCUUCUAGCCAGCGUGGGAGUGUCAAAGGAACCGUCACGCUUCCUCAGGGCGCCGUUCGCCCGAUCGCGAUUCUCACGGUCGAUGGACAAUAUUUCCAAGACAACAGCGUGGUCCCGAGCUCCUAUCAAUACUGGACAGACGUGAACGCGGAUGGCACCUUCAGCAUUGAUCGCGUUAAGGAAGGGAAAUAUCGACUCACUGUCUACGCAGAGGGUAUCUUUGGUGAUUUCGUUCUGGACGGAAUCACUGUACGUGCAAGCAAGCAGACGGCAGUGCACAAGGAAUGGAAGCAGGAGUCGGCGGGGACAGAGAUUUGGCGAAUCGGUACUCCAGACAAGUCAUCUGGGGAGUUCCGACGUGGCAAUGCCAGAGAUCCAACUCAUCCGCUCCAUCCACCUGAAUAUCUCAUUUACUGGGGUUCUUAUGACUGGCGUGCUGACUUCCCGAAUGGUGUCAACUACACGAUCGGCACUAGUGAUCCGGCCACUGACUUGAGCACUGUCCACUGGUCAGUCUUCGGGCCGACGGCGAGUGACUCUCACGUUGAGUACGACACAACCAAUGACUGGAAUAUUCAUUUUGCACUCACCUCGAAGCAAUUGCGAAAUGUGAAUACUGCAACAUUGACGCUUCAACUAGCGGGUGCAAAGACUGCAUCGGGUAACACCGAUGUGUACAACCAUGCUGAGCAAUACAACAAUCUAUCGCUCGAAAGCUAUUUCAAUGACCAGUCAAACCCCCUCACAUUCGUCAUUGGGUUCAACCAAUCAAGCAGCUGUAUAGUGCGGUCCGCGGUGAGCUGCUAUCAGGUUGGAUCAAAAAUGGAAUUUCCUGCAGAUUGGCUUCGUGUCGGAGACAAUGUUCUGCGGCUUCACCUGCCCUUUAAUGCGACAGACAAGGAGACUGCAAUUCUUCCGGCCACUGUCUAUGUGCAAUACGAUGCAAUUCGGUUAGAAGUAAAGUGA